AUGACUGCAGUGUUGGUUACCGGCGCCACUGGACCCUAUAAGAUUCUGGCUGUGACCCGUGAUGUCAACUCUCCUUCGUCUCAGAGAUUGCUGGAACAGUCUUCCAAUAUUCAAUUGGUGGAAGGGAACUUGGACAAUCCCCAUGAGAUCUUUAGGAAUGCUAAGAAAGCAGACUCUACGCCUAUCUGGGGCGUUCUUAGUGUUCAGACAGCAAAUAGAAACAGCACAUCGGAGGAAACCCAAAGCAAAGCACUGAUAGACGAAUCUGUCAAGAAUGGUGUGAAGUACUUCAUCUACAGCUCCGUCGAUUGCGGUGGCGAAGCAUCGAUUAAUAGCCCUACCCGAAAAUGGAACUGGACUAUUCUGCGCCCUACCGCCUUUUUCGAGAACUUUGUCCCGGGAUUCUUUGGCAAGCCUCUCCAAUUGGUUUCCACCAGCGACAUCGGUUAUUUUGGCGCCUUAGCCUUCCCAGAUCCCGAGCGAUACAAAUCCAGGGCUAUCUUCCUAGCUGGGGACGAGUUGACGUUUGGUGAAAUGGCGCGCAUCUACCGGAGAAAGACUGGAAACGCAAUUCCGACUACAUUCAGUCUCCCCUGUCAUAUCUUCAUGGCGUCGAUGAAGGAUAUGGGCUAUAUGUUCAAAUGGUUCCACGAUGAGGGAUACAAGGCAGACAUUGAAGACCUGAGGAGGAUACACCCCAAAUUGAAGGAUUUCAGUAGCUGGCUUGAAACAGAGAGUCCUCAUAUGCAGCGUUAG